AUGAAGUGUUUGAUAUUUUUUAUUCUCUUCUUGCAUGCGGUAAUUGCUUCACCUCGGUUAAAUCUUUAUCGUACUGAUGAUACAUAUCUUCAACAUCAUUGUCUGUAUUUCGAUCAGAGUGAAGAUCAAUGGUCUCGUGACAUCGUUCCGUAUUGUUUGAGUGAACUGACUUCAACUUGGCAGAUUGAACAGACAAGCUAUCAUUCAAUUUCCACGUUCAACGAACUCAAACAAAGAAACAUUACCAGUCAACAACUGUAUCAAUGGUCCGCGCCGAUUGAUGUCAUUGAACGUUAUCAACUGUAUCUAAACGAUGGGAAUGUUCAUAUUAUACUCAGCACAGAAGUGUUUUAUAAUUGUACGUCGCCCUCAUUUGGUCCCUUUUGCCAAUAUCAAUUGGAAAACUAUGAUCCCAGAUGGACAUUAAACGAGUUUCUUCGUUUGCAUUAUCAUUCACAUUCGAAAGCAGCGGCAUCCUCAACAUGCUACACUCAUUUGCUUUGCAACCGCGGUCUGCAAUCGAUCUGUCUCGAUUGGAGUGAAGUAUGUGACGGAAAAGUUGAUUGUGACAAUGGAAGUGACGAAGAAAACUGUUCACCAUUGAUCAAUAAUCGAUGCAAGGAAGGCGAAUUUCGAUGUAAUAAUGGACAAUGUAUACCCUUGAGAUUUACUACAGAUGGUAACAGUUAUGAAUGUCUUGAUCGAUCUGAUUCUCUUCUACGAAGUUCCGUUUCGAAUGAAAAUCAUGCACCGACUAUUGCAAAUGAAGAUAUCAUUUGCCCAUGGCAUGAACGUGAUACGAGUCGAUUUCUACAUCCUUUAACGAGUUCAUGUCAAUAUUCACGUUAUGAAAAGAUCGAAGAGGCAAUACAUAGCGAGAGACCCGAUUUUCUCGGCCCUGAUUGCUUUCUCGCUAUUCGUUGUCACUUCAAAUUUCCUCCCUACAACCGAACAUUGUGUUCAUAUAUGUGUCGAAAUAACGGAUGCAUUGAACUUAUGAAGACUACGUGUCCGGGUACUUUCUUUUAUCCACCCACCCCGGUCGCUUUUGGUCACAUUUAUUUUGCUUAUUCCAUCGAAUAUACAAUCAAUUCGACAAACAUGAGAGAAGUUCCACCUGAAUACAUUUGUUACGAUCACAAAAAAUGUGAUGAAUUUGGUUUGAAUGCUACUUUAUUACCACUUGAACGAAUGACAUGCCGUCGUCCAGACGAUUUUCCAGUAAAAGUACAUUUUAACGGUGACGACUGGUAUUCAAGUUAUGUGGAACAAAUAUAUCGACUACUCGGUCAUUGCAAUCCAUUAUUGAAUAGCAACUCUAAUUGUAACGGUCCAUUCAUGUAUCGAUGUAUAAAUUCGUCGAAAUGUAUACCUAAAUUCUACAUAGGCGACGGUAUUCGAGAUUGUGAUUAUGCGGAUGACGAAGAACAAGAUACAGUUAAUACAGCAUGUACUAUGGACGACAAUAAGGACGUAUUUUUCGCAUGUCGAACGAAAGAUAAAUGUAUUCAUCGAAGUCGAAUCGAAAAUGGAUUUUGCGAUUGUGGCUUUGAUGAAGAACACUUCUGUGAUGAUGAAGAUUUAAAAGCCAAUCAAAAGAGAUCAGAAAUUCAAUUUUCUACCAUAUGUGAUCGAUCACUUGAUCUCGCUCCUAUUUCAAUCAAUGGACAGAUUCAUACAGACGAAACGGAUUGUACUCAGUGGGUCUGUAAUAAUACACAUACUCGGUGUGAUGGUUUUUGGAGCUGUUUGAAUGGCGCUGAUGAAGUCGAUUGUAAUCCAUCGGCACUUAUUCCAUGUCCACCACAUCAUCAUCUAUGCAUUUCGUCACGUACACAUCAGUUGCUAUGUUUACCUCUCGAAAAAGCAAACGAUGGUAACCUUGAUUGUGUUGGUGGUAUGGACGAACCGUUACUUUGUCCAAUUAGAAAUCGUUAUCGAGAAUCAAGAAAAUUCUAUUGUCAAAAUGGCGGUGGCAGCAUCAUCAUUGCUAUCAAUAUGGCAACUAGAAGCGACAUUGAUCAAUCAAUAGAAACCAGACGGUUUUUGGAUGUGACUGAGGAAUUACUUGAAAUACUUCCACCUAUCGAAAAGUUAGAAUAUACAUCAACUUUCUCACUCGAUCAAGCUAUCGUCUCACUGGAAGCAGUCGUACCUGAUAUCAAACUAAUGCUCGAAACGGUUCAAAGCUUUCAUAGCGAACCAGAGGAUACCUUUAGCCGAGAUGAAUCUAAUUCUAUUUGGUUGUAUAUACUGGAAUGGGAACCUUUUCAGAUGUCCAUAUCCAACCUUUUAAACGAAACGCUUCGUUGCAAAGAUAGACGAAAAUUGGAACCUUGGCUUCCUUUUCUACGACUUUUCCUUAACGCUUUCUCGCGUCUGCCAUCAGCCAACUUCACCAUUUAUCGAGGUGCAAAUAUGGAUUUGUCUGCUAAAUAUUGCGUAGGAGAAAAAAUUACCUGGUGGGGAUUUUCUUCAUGCAUAAACAAGACCAAUCAAUUGGAGAGAAAAUUGAGUCUGAACAAAAGUGGUAAAAGAACACUAUUUAGCAUCAAUUCCUUUUCGGCAAGAGAUAUUCGUCGAUUUUCAAUGCAGGAGAAUAAUGAACAAGUUUUGCUGCCUCCGGCUAGUCAAUUUCUUGUUAUCAAUUCGUUCGACAAAGGUAGAGGAUUUCAUAUGAUAGAAUUGAAAGAAAUCCAAUCAGAAUAUGACAUAAUGGCUCGAUUGAGAUUACCGACAAAUACUACAUUCGAUGAUACUCCGUUUGAGCCGAUUUCAGUUGUAUCAUUGUCUAAAAAGCGACUUCCAGCUGCACUACCUAAUCUACGUCUAGAAGAACGUCUCUCGGAAUAUUACGCUCAGAAUCCUAAAGUUGACUUGAAAUCAAUGCAGUUAUUUGAUUCCGAUAUGGACGUCGUCGCCAGUGAAUUUAUUGCUAACAAACAAUGCUUCGAAUUGAAUUUAUCCGGCAAUCGAAUCACGCCUCAUGGCAUUUCUAUACUUGCUCAUGCACUGCGAGGAAAUAAACAGACACUAACCAUUCUCAAUCUCGCCUGGAAUGAGAUAGGAGAUGCAGGAACAAAGUUACUCGCGAAAGUACUACGAAACAACAUGACAUUGAGCACACUCGAUAUCUCUCGGAAUGAAAUAGGAAACAUGGGAAUAGAGUCACUCGCUGAAGCACUCAAAGUGAACACAACAUUGACUGCCCUCGAUCUCUCCCGCAAUGAAAUAGAAAAUGCAGGAAUCUCGUCUCUAGUUAAAGCACUAGAAAGAAACACGACACUGACUACACUUAAUCUCUCUUGGAAUCAUAUAGGGCCUACAGGUGGUACAUCAAUCUCUGAACUGUUAUUAACAAACAUGACACUGGUUACACUCGAUCUCUCCUGGAAUUGUCUAGAACCCGAGGGGACCAAAAUACUUGCUGAAGCACUACGAACUAAUACGACAUUAACUACACUCAACCUUUCUUGGAAUGGAAUAAAAGCUGCCGGCGCCAAAUCGAUAGCUGAAUCACUACUAAUAAACAAAGCACUGACUACACUGGAUCUUUCAUGGAAUUACAUAGAAUCCGUUGGAGUUAAAACACUGGCUGAGGCACUGAAAACAAACACAGUACUGACUACAUUCAAUCUUUCUUGGAACGGAAUCGGACCCAUAGGAGCUAGAUCACUCAGCGAAGCAUUACGAACAAACACAACACUGUCUGUACUCGAUAUUUCUCGAAAUGGAAUUGGAGACAUCGGAGCCGACUCAUUCGAGAAAGCACUACGAAUAAACAAUACACUGGCCAUGUUGGAUGUCUCGUACAAUGAGAUCGGAAUCACGGGUGCGAAGUCAUUCAGUGAAGCAUUACGAAGAAACGCAACUAUCAAGUGGUUAAAAUUGGGUGGAAAUAAAAUGGGAAUGAUUGGUGAAGAGUUACUGGCAUCGGCAUGCGAUAGAGUGGAAUUAUAG